UCUCAGCAAAACAGUUGCAUCGCCGUGUUUACAAAAAAAAACAUCUCAAAAAUUUCGAAACAAAUUUUUACGAUUUAGUUGCUGAUUUUCCGUGCAAAAAUCCACCAAAAUGGGUCGCCGUUCGAUCAACACGACCAAAAGUGGUAAAUACAUGAAUCCCACGGAUCAGGCCCGCAAAGAAGCUCGCAAGAAAGAGCUGAAGAAAAACAAAAAGCAAAGGCAGAUGGUUCGGGCUGCUGUCCUGAAGGGAAAAGAUCCUGCCCAACUGAUUGAAGAGAUGGAGAAAAUUGACGAGAUGGAAUUCAAUGUCUAUCAGCCGUCGCCACUGAAUGAGAAGGUCCUAAAGGAGAAACGUAAGAAGCUUAAGGAAACACUGGACCGGGUGAUGCGGCUUUACCAGGCGGAUGAUCCGGAUUUGUGGGCGGAAUUAAAGAGGAAGGAAGUCGACUAUGAAAAGCGACGUAAUAAGCGUAUUCAGUACUAUGAAAGCGUUCGGCACGCAGAACAAGUCCAGGUGGACGAUAUUCCCCUUCCGUCGAUGAACGAAACUCCAACGCCUCUGUCCAUACCGCGAAUUCCUAUUCCGCCUAUGAUACCGACUAUAGUCCCACAAACUAAACCAGCUCCACCGCCGAUACUGAAAAAGCCAGUAGAGAACCCCAUAGAACCUUCGGAACCGGUAGACGAUGACGACGACAUCCCCGGAUGUCCUCCUGGCCCUCCUCCCGAUCUAUUUGCCAUGCCGGAACUCGAUUUCGACCUGGAAGAGUUCCACAACGAAACACAGAAAAGCGUCAAGUUCUUUGACGAUGCUGACUCUCGGGAUAACUCCGACGAUUCGGAUGUGGAAAAACCGAAACAACCCAGCUCUGUUCAACAGAAAAUGUUGGCCAUUUCCGGUCAAAACCUAGACGAAUUCAUGAAGGAGAUGGAGAACGUUCAAAAGAAGAAGGAUCAACCGGAAGCCUUACCCGGAACGAUUACGAUUGCUCCCAAACCAACCAUAGCAUUGCCAAAUCCAGCUCCACAUCCAUCGGAUCCAACAGUGAAAUAUGUUCCGAUGCCGUCUAUCCCCAUACCGGGUCCGGCGCCAAUACAGCCAACCCUUAUGAUUCGGCCGCCACCUCUACGCCCGGGUAUUUCCGGAAUACCAGGCCUUCGUAUGCCUCCACGUCCCCCACCAGGCAUCCCUCCUCGAUUGGGCAUUCGAAUGCCCCCGGGGCCACCAGCUGGUCCCCCACCGAAGCACAUCCAGCAGCAACACAUGCGAAACAUGAUGCAGCAGCAAAAGGACCCCAAGAGCGCCACGAUUUCGGCCAAGCCUCAGAUCCGAAAUCUCAGUGCCGACGUUACGCGUUUCGUACCCAGUGCUCUGCGAACCAAAAAGGACGAAGGUACCAAACGACCGCCGCAAGGGGGUCGAUCGGAUGUGGGACAUCAUCCGCACAUGCAGCCGCACCAUUCACACCACCAGCAUCCUCCGCAGCAUCAGCAGCACCACCAGCACCAUUACCAGCAACAGUCGGGGGGAAGAUCCGGCCACGGGGCUCCGGAGCAUCCGAACAAACCCAGCAAGGACGACGCCUAUAUGCAGUUCAUGAGGGAAAUGCAGGGAUUGCUUUAAGGUCACUGGAAAGAAUGGUGUGCAUUUGCAGUGUUUUUUAGUCAGUAAGAUUUAAUUCGACAGUUUAAAUUAUAGGAAUUAUAAUACAAUAAAGCAUUGAAAAUAGCUGGAAA